GCGGAGUCCUUAAAGCGCGAACGCGUGUUUGUGUUCCUGCACGUGUGUUUGUUUGUUUGUUCGUAGUUUGUUUAUUUUCCGUCCUCCGUCGUGUUUUAUAACCUGUGGUUCUGAAGAUGCCGAAGCGCUCCUGUCCGUUCAGCGAGAGCUUCUCCUCGCAGUAUAAAGUGCACGUCGGUCAGAAAGAGAUCAACAACUGCGGAGUGUUCGGACUCAAGUACAGACAAGAGAUUUAUGAAAAGACUAAAAGCCUGCUCUUCAGCGGCACCACAGCUGUGAUGGGUCGGCUCUGGAAGGAGAAGGAGUCAGACGUGCUGGAGUCCCAUCAGACGCUCCUCCGAGGACAGACACGCAUCGGGCCGGACGGACGAUUACAGAGAACAGACGCAGCUCCAGGUUGUGCAGCGGCUCCUUCGGCGUGUUGUGUGUGUCAGAGGGUCUCUGGUUCGAGGAAGGCGUGCUCUCAGUGUGAGCGUCACGCGUGUGCAGCAUGUAUCCAGCAGUGCAACAUCUGCUCUGAACACCACAUCACACACUGCUCUGUCCUCAGUUACAGUGAGCGUUAUGAGCGCGUCCUCUGCUGUGGAUGUUCGUCCUGAUAGCAGAGCUCAACCGAGACCGCUGAUGACCGUUAUGAUGCCAGACGUUUUAAUGCAUUACCAAUUAAAUGUAAAUGAGAUUACUAUUUUAUAUAUGCUUGCAUGGUUUCUUGCUCUUUCUCUCCUUUUAUGUACAUACUCUGAUUAUUGAAAUAAAUUCUUGAUAGUAA